CAAUUGGUGAUUUCCUCCUCAAUGUGAUGACUGUGGAAUAUGAUGACUGUUUGAAAUAAUUAUCCAGUGCUUUGUUCCGGCGAAGGCUUGACUUUGACGGUUGUGUAAUGUCUGGAGCCACAUGACAGUCCAGGCUGGAAGAAUGGAGGUGGCACUUGUUGACUUCGAGAAUGUGGAGAAUAUCGACAACAGUGUGGACAACUUCAACGAUCCAGACUAUCCCAAUGAGAUGACGGCUUUGACGCUAGACAUGUUAGACUUUGGGCCUGACAGCGGUUAUGCUUCAAAAAUGUCCCAAUUUAAAGAGAAGAGCCCCCAGAAUUUGGAGGUAUCGCCACAGUCACCAGUCAUGCCCCCUCAUACCAGAAGAGGGCGUGCUAGUUGCACUAGUCUGAUUUCCAACUGGAAAUUACUUGUUAACAGUGAAGGGACACAAAGUGAGACUAUCUUUAGUCGGAUGGCCAAAGAGUGUUAUGAGGACUUAUUUGUUGACAAGCGAUGUCUUGAUGAUGGAGACCAGAAGGUCAUCAUUAACAUCGCUGGGCUUCGUUUCGAAACACGCGUCAAGACCCUCGACCAAUUCCCUGAUACUCUGCUGGGUGACCCAGUCAAAAGAAUGGGCUUUUUUGACCCAAUGAGAAAUGAGUAUUUCUUCGACCGUAAUCGGCCAAGCUUUGAUGGGAUCCUGUACUACUAUCAGUCGGGUGGUAAAAUCCGCCGGCCUGCAAACGUACCUCUAGAUGUCUUCGCAGAUGAGAUCAUUUUCUACGAGUUAGGACAGGAGGCCAUGGACCAGUUCCGAGAGGAGGAAGGCUUCAUCAAAGACAAGGAUGUCCCUUUGCCUACCAAUGAGGUCUACAGGCAGUUCUGGCUACUUUUCGAAUACCCAGAGAGCUCAAACGCCGCCCGAGGGGUUGCUUUAGUUUCCAUUUUUGUCAUCGUCAUCUCCAUCGUCAUAUUCUGCAUGGAGACUCUCCCAGAAUUCCGCGAGGACCUGGAGAUUUUUCCAGCUGUGGGUCUUUCCUUAAACAAGACACGGGCUACGAGCUAUCCCUUGACUUCUCCACCAAGCCCCACUCCCAAAACCAUCGCCAGCUACUUCUCCGACCCUUUCUUCAUAAUUGAGACGGCUUGCAUCAUCUGGUUCUUCUUUGAGCUUUUUGUGCGAUUUCUGGUCUGCCCCAGCAAACGGGAUUUUUUCAACAACAUCAUGAACAUAAUCGACAUCAUCUCCAUAAUUCCUUACUUUGUCACUCUGAUAACAGAAAUAGUGACCACAGCUGACAAGUCUAAUACAGGACAGAACAUGUCCCUAGCCAUCCUACGAAUCAUUAGACUGGUGCGAGUCUUCAGGAUAUUUAAGCUUUCCAGACAUUCCAAAGGGUUGCAGAUCCUGGGCCAAACACUCAAGGCCAGCAUGAGGGAACUUGGUCUGCUCAUCUUCUUUCUCUUCAUCGGAGUCAUUCUCUUUUCCAGCGCCAUCUAUUUCGCUGAGGUGGAUGAUCCCAACACCCAAUUUGUUAGUAUCCCUGAUGGAUUCUGGUGGGCAGUGGUCACCAUGACUACAGUGGGUUAUGGAGACAUGUGUCCCAUUACGCUGGGUGGUAAGAUUGUGGGCACUCUUUGUGCCAUUGCUGGGGUGCUGACCAUCGCCCUGCCAGUGCCCGUCAUAGUCUCUAAUUUCAACUACUUUUAUCAUAGAGAGACAGAGCAGGAGGAGAAGCCACCCAUAGCUGAGAGUGUCGAUCAAACUUUAAAAUCAGGAAACACCACAAAACCUUCAAGUAAUUCCUCUUUGAACAAGUCAAAUGGGGGCUGGCAGAACGACAAAUCAAAGUGUUAAGAAAAAAUAUACUAAUAGGUAUUUAUAUAAUUGGAAAAGUACUUGACAGACUUCACUUACUUAUUUCUUUUUUAGCACCUCAGUGGUUUCAACUCUCGGGAACAAAACUUAACAGUUUAGCAAUAUCCAACCUGAAUAUUGAUAAUAGUUUUCUGGGAAAAGUAUCAAAAAAAUGUCAGUGCAAGUUGUUUUCAGUUUGGACAGCUCUUACAUUUAUUUCGGUCUACGACUAUGUCUAGGACUGUCCUGGAAACCAUCGCUUAAAGUAAUAUUUUAUUUUAUUUGUAUGAGUGCAUAAUUCUAUAGCAUGUUCUAUGAAUCAUGUGAUUGUUGUGGGAUGUUGUAGAAGCUUAGCCAGUGAGGAAGAAAAAUGUAUUUGUAGUCCAAAAUGUGGUUCAUAUUCAUUCUGUGAUCAUUACAGUGCCUUUCAGUCAAAUGGAAAGAACCAUUAUUAUUUUCUCGAGUAGAAGAAAUACAUUUAUGGACUAUCACAUCUGAUGUUUUUAACAAUUGCCUAAAAUUUGAUUACAUAAAAAAUCAAACAAUCGUUGUUAUUUCAGGGGAGAGAAUUUGGGAGCUAUGAGUCAACAUCUCAUUGUAUUAUCAUUGUAUUAAGUUUGCACAUAUGGGAAAUCUGACUCGAUGAGAAGCUCCUCAGGACAGUAUAAACAUACUGGAUAUAUUCAAAGCUUAUUUUCUUUGUGAUGUUGAUGUUAAAUAACUGCUGCUAUUUUAUACCUAUUUAAAUGUCAUUUUAAAACCAUGUUUUCGAAAAGCAGUUAGCAAUGUCUCUGUUGUUUUCACAGGGUAACUGGUUUGUUAUUGUUGUUGAUAUUGUGUAUCAGUGCAAGAAGAAAUUAUUAUGCAAAAUCUGACCAUUUAUUUGUGUAUUUUAGAUCUAUGUUAUGGCCUUUCACAGGCAAUAUAAACAUUACUGGAAUUGUGCUAGAGAAUUGAAUUGAAUAAUAUUAUUCUGUAAUUUGAAUUAAAAUCGAUGAGAAACCUGAUUUCCUUAUAUAUAAUAUAAAAAAGUAUAAUAUUAAGGGAAAAUUUAGUCAUUUUAAUUUAUGCCUGAAAAUUGGAAAGAGCUUAAACAACUGAUCACAGUACGUGACUGUAAAUAUACAGGUAUGUGACAAAAUAAAACUAUUUCAUGUCAUAGAAGUUGUAUAAGUAUAAAGACAAUAU